CCAGUAUUGCAUACAUUUAUGAUAGUGACAAGUGUUGAUAAUAUUAGACACAUUUCCCGCGAAUCAUCAAACCGAUUCUGGAUCAGUGAUGAGAAAAAUAUCAUUCUUACAAACACAGAAGGGGAUGAACUAUAUCAUAUAACAGAUAUAGGUAGUUAUUAUGGAGGGCACACAGUGGACAUUACAGGUGAUCUUAUUUAUAUAGACAUUGAUUUUAACAUAAUCAAACUAUCAAAAGAAUCAAAGUCUACACUGAUUAAAAAAACAGAAAACUGGAUACCACUCUGUGUUUUCUGCUCCCAUUUCAAUGGAGACCUUCUGGUUGGUAUGCGGGGUUUUCGGCAAACAUGUAAGGUCAGCCGUUAUAGUUACGAAAGACAACACAUAUAUACCAUACAACACGACAACAAAAGUCUGGCAAUGUCUGGAUUUCCUAACUACAUCACAGAGAACCACAACGGAGAUGUUGUUGUGUCUGACUGGCCCUAUGCUGUAGUGGUGACAGAUCGUGAAGGGAGAUGUCGCUUCUCCUACAGAGGACGCCCUUCAUCAUCAGGAAUAUCACCACAAGGAAUUUGUACAGACGCAAUGCCAAACAUCCUUGUGUGUGAUGCUCUUACCGACGCAGUACACAUAAUUGAUCAGAAUGGCCAAUUUUUGUCACUGAUACAGACUCAGCAGUUAGAAGGGAUCAACACACCAUGGAGCCUGAGUUAUGACGACAAAACUCAUCUUCUCUGGGUGGGAUCAUGGACGAACAACAGAGUUUGUGUCUACAGGCACAAAGAAAGACAGGACUACUUGCCAGUAACUACAUCUGGAUCUAAAAGGUCAUCGGAACGAGGACCUAAACAAUUUCAUAAAAGACAAUAAAAGCAAAAACUCACAAGAUUUGUAUCAGUCUUAUCUGUAAGCAGAGAGCUUAUGAAGACAAAUAUCUUUUUAACAUCUCAAUAUAUUAUAAACAAAUAUUGUGUGAAAAUAAAUGUUCUACAUGACUUUUUAACAGUUUUCAAGUUUAUAAAUUCAAUAUUUGAAAACUUAUGAGGUGAUCAGAUAGAUUUAGUUACUUGUUGUUAGGUUCAGUGAGACUGUACAUUUUGACAAAGUGCUAAUUUGAACUUUAUUGACAUUUUUUUUCUUUUUUCGUCGAAAUUUUCAUUCGUCAAACUUCACAUCAUAGUCGGUAUAUACAAAUAUGUUUCAGCAUCACAACAGAUAUUGGCUAUUGUACAACGUUACCGCUUAUUUUUUUUCGGCUAUCCCUUAUUAAAACCGUAUAUCAAAAUAAAUGUUUAAUUUGAUUUUGUAAAUUUUAAUGAAAACAUAUGAAAACACAAAGUUUAAAAAACCAAUGGAUCUAAACAGGUAGGCAUAUACUUUUAUACAUGUAACUAACGGUCUCAACAUUCUAACCUGCAUUAUUAUCACGCUGUGCUUAGCCAACUUUGUCAACUCUGGCAAUUAGACUCUUAUAAUGAAAGCGAAAUACAAAAGAGCAAUUUACAUGUAUUCAAUCAAAUCUCCAUACACUGUAAAUGGUUUUUCAAGCAAUAAUUUUUAUUAUUGAUUUCAACGCUUGUAAAUAAAUUCAAGUGGAAGACAUAGUUUUUUGUUUUACACAUCGUAAAUUUGCUUGAAUCGGCUUAACCGUAGACGUUCUCACGUCCUUGUCAACUACAGAAAGCUAAUGUUUCUGCCAGGUUUUUGUCCUCUAGAUUCUGGCGAACCCUUGAAACUCGUACUUUGAAAUUU